UCUACCUGAUCCAGAUGGGAUCUUGAUUUAAGUAAACUAACCUUUAUAGUCUCUAUUGAUCGUGUUUUUAUUUUUUCCAGGACACUUGAUUAAGAAACCCUCCACAGAACAUCUCACUUUAUCUCCAAGCUAUAAAAUGGAAGAUGAGGAAAUCGCAAGAGAUUGUGCAGGAGAAAAGACAAUGAGCUCAGCUAUAGGUGGUGGACUUCAGCGUAUGGAGAGACCAUCAAAUCCCUCUGUCUCUGAGCAACCUCGUACUGUGAGGGAUGGUGCCGGAAUUCAGGGGGAGGAGAAAUUUUCCUGUACUGAAUGUGGGGAAAGUUUUAGCUUUCAAUUAAGUCUUACUGUACAUCAGAGAUCUCACACGGGUGGGAAGCUUCAUUCUUGCUCUGAGUGCGGGAAAUGUUUCUCAGAGAAAUCAGACCUUAUUAGACAUAAAACAUUUCAUGGAGGAGAGAAGCCGUAUUCCUGCCCCAAGUGUGGGAAAGGUUUUCUACGGAAAUCAGACUUUCUUAUACAUGAAAGAUCUCACACAGGAGAGAAGCCGUAUCUUUGCUCUGAAUGUGGUAAAAGUUUUUCAGACAAGUCCAAUCUUAACAGACAUCAGAGGAUUCACACGGGGGAGAAACCAUAUUCCUGUCCUGAGUGUGAAAAAUGUUUUUCACAGGUGUCCCAUCUUCAAAAACACUGGCGGUCUCACACAGAGCAGAAAAUGUGUUAUUAUCCUGAGUGUGGAAAAUGUUUUUCACAGAUAUCAGAACUACGAAUACAUCAAAGAUCUCACACAGGCAAGAAGCCAUAUUCCUGCCCUGAGUGCGGGAAAUGUUUUGCAUGGAAAUCAGGACUUGUUAUGCAUCAAAGAUCUCACACUGGGGAGAAACUGUGUUCCUGCCCUGAGUGUGGGAAAUGUUUUUUACACAAAUCAGACCUUGCUAGACAUCAAAGAUUUCACAGAGGGGAGAAACCGUAUUCCUGCCCUGAGUGUGUGAAAUGUUUUUCACAGAAAUCAGACCUUGUUAGACAUCAAAAAUCUCACAGAGAGGAGAAGCCGUAUUCCUGCCCAAAGUGUGGAAAAUGUUAUAUAUGGAAAUCAGAUUUUCUUAUACAUCAAAGAUCUCACGCAGGGGAGAAACCGUAUCCCUGCUCUGAGUGCGGUAAAAGUUUUUCAGAGAAGUCCAUUCUUUACAGACAUCAGAUGAUUCACACAGGGGAGAAGCCAUAUUCCUGUCCUGAGUGUGGGGAAAGUUUUUCACGGAAAUCGGGACUUGUUCUGCAUCAGAGAUCUGACACAGGGGAGAAGAUUUUUACCUGCCCUGAAUGCGGGAAAUGUUUUUUAGACAAUUCCAGACUUUGCAGACAUCAGAUGAUUCACACUGGGGAGAAGCCGUAUUUCUGUUCUGAGUGUGGGAAAAGUUUUUCACAGAAAUCAGACCUUGUUAGACAUCAGAGGUCUCACACAGGGGAGAAGCCGUAUUCGUGCCCCAAGUGCAGGAAAUUUUAUAUACGGAACUCAGACUUUGUUAUACAUCAAAGAUCACACAUGGGGCAGAAGCCAUAUUCCUGCCUUGAGUGUGGUAAAUGUUUUUCGGCAAAAUCCAUUCUUCACAGACAUCAGAGGAUUCACACGGGGGAGAAGCCAUAUUUUUGUUCUGAGUGUAGGAAAUGUUUUUCAUGGAAAUCAGAACUUGUUAGACAUCAAAGAUCUCACAAAGGGGAGAAGCCACAUCCCUUCCUCAAAUGAGGGAAAUGUUUUUCAUGAUUGUUAAUAUUCCUGCCCUGAGUGUGAAAAUACUGUACAUGGAAAUGAGACUUUGUUAACCACCUCAAUACCUCAAUUUCC